AUGGCACAUUGGUACCAAUACCGUGACCCCAACUAUUGUGGUUUGGGGGUAUAUAAUAUGGAGAUAGCAGCAGGAGCAGAACAAGGUGUAGCAGCGGCAGCUGUGGAAGAAGCAACAGUAGCUGCUGCAGGCGGCCACUUUCGAGAAGGAUCUGUAGGCCUCAUGGAAGACGUGAUUCAAGAGGGUUACCUCAACCACGAGGGCGCUGUGAACCAGGAAGGUGUCGUGUACCACGAGGCCAGUGGCGGUAACCAGGGGCCUGUGCAGCAGCCGCAGCAGCCCGGGCAGGAGCAAGAGCCCGGGCAGCCUGCAAAUGUGGCCGCUGUGGCUCCACUGCCCCAGCGCAGCCGUCCACGAACCCAAUACAAGUUCUCGAAGUGGCAGUUGCAGGAACUGGAAAGUGUUUUCCAAGAAACUCAGUACCCUGAUGUGAGCACCAGAAAGGGACUUGCAAGAUGCAUCAAUGUGACUGAAACCAGAGUGCAGGUUUGGUUUAACAACAGGAGAGCCAAAUAUAGGAAACAUCAGAGGAAAUUAAUGCUUGGAGAUGCGCCAUCUGGUUCCCAGGACCACAUGUUCCUGGCAAACAGGAACAAACCCUAG